UUGUUGAAUGGGUACUUGAAAAUUGUCAAAAUGGAAGCAAUGUUAGUCUUGAAGCCAUCCGAAUUCAUGCACAAAACGAAUCAAAGAAGGAUGGAAUUUCAGAUUUUAAGGCAAGCGCUGGAUGGUGCACAAGGUUCAUGAGAAGGAAUGAUUUAGUACUUCAGCAGACAACUAAGAUUACACAAAAGAUGCCUGCUGAACGCGAAGAAAACAUAUUACAGUUUCACCAGUUUGUAAUCAGAAAUCAGCAGAAGGAAGGCUGCGAGUUAUCACACAUUAGAACAUGGAUGAAACGCCUAGCACUCUUGACAUGCAGGAGAAUCAAACUGAACUAAAAAGGAGAAAAACAACUGGACAUGGGGAAAAGUAAAUUUACUUUAGUUCUUGUAUGGCUGAUGGCACUAAGUUAAAACCAAUGGUUGUUUUCAAGGGAAAGACUUAGCCAGAGGAGAACUUUCCAAAAGGAAUUGUCAUCCAUAUGCAUCCACAAGGCUGGAUCGAUGAAGGUGGAUGUAGAAAAUGGAUAAAGGAAGUUUGGAACUUACGAUCUGGUGGACUGCGCAAGGAAGAGUUCGCUCGUCUGGGACUAGUUUAGAUCACACCUAGUGAAGAAUGUUGUAUGUGACAUCCGAUCACAUAACGCUGACAUAGCUGUAAUUCCCAGCGGACAUAUAAAGUAGUUUUGCAACCAAUGGAUGUUAGUAUCGAUAUGCCAUUUAAGGACAUGAUGAGAAUGAAGUGGAAUAACUGAAUGUGAGAUGGAGGAAAAAGUCAUACACAAGAGAAGCAGUAUGCGGGCUCCAUCACUGCCAUCACUCCAUCAUUGAUUCAUGGAAGGAAAUAAAAGCUGACACUACUUUCAAAUCAUUAAAGAAAUGUGGAGUUUCAAAUGCAUUGGACGGCACAGAGGACGAUUAUCUACCAAUCGAAGUAUUUUAGAACAAGCUCUAUCGGGGAGCACUUCACUAUAGAGUUUGAGAAUUUGGUGGAGAGUGAUGAGGCUGAAAGCCCAGGAUUUAAUCAGAGGCCAAUUAAUGAAGAUGAAGUCCAAAUCCUUCACAAUAGACAGUAUGAUGCUAUUGCUCAGAAGCAAGUGGCAGUGGACAAACAGCUCCAGACUGAGAGAGGUUUAUCAUUUGUUAACCCUUUUUAUUCCGUUCACAUGCAGUUAGCUGCACAAGAGGAGCAGUUAAGGAUAGAAGAAGAGGCAUUUUAUGCUGCACAGCGUGAAGCAGCCAGGGCAGCAAAGCAGAAAAAGCUUUUGGAGCAACAAAGGCUGCAAAAGAUGAAACAGAGGGCCAAGUCUGCUUCAAACUCUGAUCAACAAACAAGUGAGACAGGAGAAGAAGACUUUGAAUCAUAUUUACAACAUGCAAAAUCUCAAUCUGAAGCUUUUAGGAACCAACACAGAAUCUCCUCAGAGGCGACUAUUCUGACACCAAACACUGAAAGCAGCUGUGACUUGACGACAAAAACCAAGUCAACAAACGAUGAUAGUACUUCAUUGGACCUCGAGUGGGAAGAUGAAGAAGGGAUUAAUAGAAUGAUUCCAAUGAGAGAGCGCUCUAGAACUGAAGAAGACAUUCUCCAAGCAGCCUUGAGGCACAGCAGUCAUAGACCUGGGAGCAACCCACUGUCUGCAUCAGAUGAGUCAACUGGACUGGAAUGGGAAAAUGAUUUUGUCAGUGCAGAAUUGGAUGACAAUGGGAAUUCUGAAUAUGCAGGUUUUGUGAACCCUGUCCUAGAACUCUCUCCUAAUGGUAUAAAAAAUACAGAUGGUGAUAAGCAGAGUAGGUAGUGAUCUUACUAGAUCAUGUAAUUUGGUUGAGACCAAACUUUUAAGACAUUGUAAGAAUGUAUUUCAAUUCUGGUUGGACAUUUUACCCUUUUGGUGGUCUGAGUCCACAUAGGCUGUAAAAGGACGUGACUGCUUUGUAUUGUGUUAGCACAUACAAUUUACAAUUAAGUGCAAUUCUUGUAAAAUUCCAGCUUAUGAAUGAAUUUUUAAGCCAUUACAUUGGGUGUUGAUUAAAAUGGCUGUGUUGUAAAGGGAAAAUGUGAUGUGAAGUUUAAUUGAUGAAACUUUCUAGCUAUGAGAUGCAUGUUUCUAUGUAUUCGUUUUUAUGAGUCACUGCUGUUCUGGUUGUAUAAAGAGUAACAAAUAAUGGAUACACUGGAUUAUUAAACUGGUUUAUUGAUCAGUUUUGAUAGGUACUGUUUUAUUAAUAUGUAAAUAUCAUGAAGCCUUACGAGAUUGACUGACUUAUUUUCUUUGCAUGACAAAUGAACCUUUGUUUGUUAAGUUAUAUAUUCAUUGUUUUUAUUGAUUAAUUCUUAAUUGUGUGUUAGCUCAUAUUUUUCCAUCAAUAUAUGUCUGUUACAUGCUUUGUUCUAAAUAAGAGUAUUCCAAUAUUGCAGGUCAAAAAAACGUUCCAUAAUGUAUGAAUAUGUGAACUCCUAUAUUUGUUAGAUCAUUCUGUUUCUUCUACUUCCUCCUCAUAUUGGGAAGGUAGGUGGGACAGUAGGACCUAAACUGAAAUAAUGUUUUCCUUUUGAGGUUUCCUUGCAGCCUGACCAAAUAUUUCAAAGCUCAGAAAUAGCGUGUUCAACUUCAGAUAUGUAAAGAUUUGAUUCCCAUUUGGAUCUUCUGGUAUGAAAGCUGUAAAUUUUGCCGAUGAGAUCAAGUUACAGCAACUGAUAAGACCGUGAGGUUACACGUUGUUCCUGUUGCCAUCUAAUAUGGUUUCAGGCAUGUUUGAGAAUGUAAAAAUAAAACCCUCUCUUUAUUUCGCUGACUAUAGGGCCCUGUGCGAAAGUCGUUUGAACAAUCUUAAAAGACAAAAACAGGAGAUGGUGAUUGGACAGUUCAAAUAUACUCAGUCCCACACUAACCCGGUACCUCUUAUUCCAUGAGUUUCUGACAAUCUAUUCAUUUCUGUCUUGAAUAUGUUGACUGAGCCUCCAGAGUUCUCUGAUGUGGGGAAUUCCAGAAAUGCACAAUGCUUUGUUGAGGAAAUUUCUUGUCAUCGCAGCCCUUAAUGGCCAAAGCUUUACUCUGAGACUGUGAUCCCUAAUUCUAGAAUCCCAGUUCAGAGAAAUGUCCUGAGAACAUCCAUCCAAUCACACUGAGAGUUUUGAAUGUUGAGAUCACCUGACAUUCUUUUAAAUUCCAGGAAAUAUAAGAAUAGUUUAACCAUUAUCAUCUUAAGACAAUCUACUGGCACAGUUCACACCUGCCCAUAAUUUGUCAUUAAACCAGCAUUUUCAUUUAGAACCCAAAACAAUUAAUCUCAAAAGCAAGCUAGUGCAACAGAAGAAUAGUUUUGAUUUAUAUGAGUAAAUUUUUAUUGUGCCAAGUUUUUGAUUUGUUUUUUUAGGCCAGCUGAUGGAUAUUUCAUCUUAUAAAUUGUCUCGUUUGAGAGAGGUGUUUGAAAGAACUACAUGCUUUUUCUGAUUUAUAUCUCUCAUCUGGCACUCGUCCUAUAAGUUUGAUGCAGACCAAGCUGGUGGAUAAGCACAUAGUAGAUGUCCAAUAAAUAAUGUAAUUUUCUAAAUAAUGCAGUUUUCUCUCAACAUUUAUUGAGAAGAUAGGGUGUUUGUUAUACAUGGUAAUUAGUCAAAAUAGACUUUUGUGCAGCUAGUUAUGAACACCUGUUCUGCACACUUUGUGAAUGAUGAUGCAUACUCAAUGGAAAUGUAUUUUGACAGUGGUGCUUUUAAAACGUUUGUUUCUAAAGUCUAAAUGAGAAUCAUCUCUUGUUUCUGUUAAUUUUUGGUUAUUUGUAGAUGUAGUUUCUUAUUCAAUUCAUUCCAAAAAUUGACAUCAGUCUCCCUGGUGAAUAUUUCGCAGACAUUGUUGGUCAAGCUGUACCUUUCUUCCACCUCCAGGGAUCUUGUCUUGCUUGCCUCGGGACUUUAGCUUAUCAGUUGAAUUUUGCCAAAAUCAAACUUCUCCUUGUUAAUGUGGUAUUCCCAUGCUAGUUUACAGCAACUUCUAACACCUUGAGUUUGUCUGCUUUGUACCUUUAGUCUUUUCACUGUUAAUGAAAAAAAAUUAACAAACUGUUAGUAAAAAUAAUCCCAUGUUUCUGCCCUGAGAAACUUGUCUGUGUAACAUGUCACAUUCAUUUAAUUGAUAAACAGAGCCAGCUCAUUGAUCCA